AUGGAUCGAGUUCAAGUCUUUCUGCGUAUCAAAGGCAAGAAAUCAGAUACCCCCUUUUCUUUUACCGAUCGUUCUAUUCUAGAUAGCACAACUAUAUAUGAAUUUGAUCAAGUAUUUUAUGGUCCAGAUCAGUCUCCAGUCUAUUCAAGCAUCUCUUCUUUAGUCAAACUGGGUCUGAAUGGUACAAAUGUAACUAUCUUUGCUUAUGGCCAAACCGGCAGUGGCAAAACCUAUACCAUGGAAGGCACAACCGAAAAUCAAGGUGUAAUUCCACGGGCAAUAGAAGAGGUCUUUGCUGCCCAACCCUGUAAAGUUCAUAUCUCGAUGGUUGAAAUCUACAAUGAAAAAGUAGCCGAUGUACUUUGUCCCGAGAAUGUUGUUAAUGUCCGUGAAGACAAACUUGGAGUUGGUUUAGAGCCACUAACCCUAAUAGAGUGUACUGAUAAGUCCCAAGCCUUAGCUGCCCUUACUCGUGGUUCAGCCAAUCGCAAAACCGAUUCUAAUGGUGUUAAUUCGGCUAGCAGUCGCAGUCAUUUAAUUGUUACUUUACAUCUAUCCCUUCUUGCCAACCAAGACUUACUCACUUCUAAAAUCACACUAGUCGAUCUCGCCGGGUCCGAAAAGAUUGAGUCCAGUAGUGAAGAGUACUUAUCCACCAAAAAACACCGACCAGAAAGAUACUUAGAAACAGCCACCAUUAACAAAAGCCUUCUCUACCUCAGCCGUAUUAUCUAUGCCCUCUCUUCCCCCGAAACCCGCUCCAAACACAUCAACUACCGCGACUCCAAACUAACUUUCAUUCUUCGUGACUCACUUAACGGCUUCGCCAAACUAGCCAUUAUCGGAGCCAUCAAUCUUGAAAACCUACCCGAAACUCGCAACACUCUCAAAUUCCUGAAUACCGCCAAACAAGUCAAACUCGGCUCCGACCGACUCCAAAACGAACUUACUAUGCAAAAGCUCAUUGCCCAAAUCCAGUACCUCAACACCGAAAACAUCCGCCUCCAACAAGCCCUCGACCAUCUCAAAGCCCCCGGCCAUCCCCUCCAAGCCCAUAUUUCCACCACCGAUUCCCUAACCACCACUUUAGAGCACCUACUUGACACUCUCACCAACCUCGAACACCAAGUCGACCAAAUCUCCCAAUCCUUCCAGCACACCCAAACUCUCAGCAACACCUUCCAAAAACAACUCUUCACCACCCUAUGCCAAUACCGCGAGUCCGAAAUAGAAAACCUCACCAACUUCCCCUCCUAA